AUGUCUGAGCCAGCUUCCUCAGUCAGGUCUCGACAUGGCCUGAAGAGGGUCAACAGCACAGGAUACUUCAGACUGGGUCCUAGAGAAGGAGGAAAGGAACACCAGGGGCUGCAGGUACCGUCGUUCAGAUACGGUGGAACUCACUACCGAGUGGAGUAUACAUCAUCAGGAAUCUGGGGAAAUCCUGAUCUUGCAGCCGCUCGGGCAAUCGUCGAACCCAGAGUCACAAGGCUUAAUGAACAGCUUUUCAGAACGCACCACCCCUCGCUCGCGAACGAGCCACUCGUCUACGUUAUGGUGGAGAAUCACAGUCGCAAGUCGAUGUGGGUAAUUUUACCAACAUCGAAUAGUCGUAAACUGGGGCUACGCGCCGGAGAUAGAGAAAUCCACAUACUUCCUGCUGUUAGUUUGGAUCUAAGUGAAAUCCCUAUUGGGAUCCCAGAACGAUGCGACCCUUUCAGGAAAGAGCUUAAUCCACGCCGGAUUCUUACCCCGGAAGACCUGGAAUUGAUUCGCAAAGUCCAUGUCCGAGCCAUUGGUGUUGAGAUUCUAGUUUGCGGAUGGGCCAUAUACAUUUUCAAAACAAAGAAGGACAUGAAGAAGGCGUGGGCUGAGGGUGGUGCGCGGGCUAUUGGCGGGUUAUCUGUCGGCCAUAUGACCAUUGAAGAUAAUCCCUGCCAUGCUACUUUACAGGCAGGAGAGCCAGUGAGUCCGGAGCCUGACAGCUACAUCGCACACUCGCAACUGGGUUUAAAGAUCAGGCUACCUGGUGGCAUUGAAUGUAUCACGACUGUUACACACGGGUUUGUAAAACGACCUAAACCUGGCCCGAUCUCGGUUUUUGUGGCGGACAGAUAUAAGCGCAUCAAACGCUCACUUAUGGGAUUCAGAUCCAACCCUUCACCUUCGAUAGCACGUGCUGAUGUACACACCACAAAGAAAAUGAAGAAUUCGCCCCUCGGGAAGGUGGUAUAUUCUGCGGGAACGAAAACUAUGAUAGGUCAUAUAACAACAACCUUCGACAACCCAAGCGAGCACGUCCCUUACCCUGCCGGAUAUAAGCAUGACUUGUCAUUGGUAACGGCACCUCAUCUUCCUGAUGUAUUUGCUCCACCAGGGAUUCAUAUGGCCCCAGUAUGGGCUGAAUACGACGAUGCUCUUGAGGGAGAGCCCGUCUUUGAAGCGUCCCUCUUCCUUCAAUAUGAUAAAUGGAAAAUAAUGAAGGGGACUGUUGCGACUGAAGCUGUUCGUCUUGCGGUAAUUGAAGGAACGAAAUAUUUGUGGGAAAAUGAAAUCGGAAAUCCUACGAUCAGUCUACUAUGGAGAUCAGAAGCCGACGGCGAUGAUGCAACAGGAUUUUCAGGCAGCGUUCUUUGCCUUGGUACACCUACACAGAAGGACGUUAAACCUAUUCUUUUUCAGAACUAUGCUCGGGUCAUUAGGAACUGGCCUGCAUCAGAGAAAUCCACACCGAUUGGGCCAUGCGACACUGUUAAAGGGGGAUUUUUCCUUCCAGAUAUCAUCAGGAAAUCGAAGAUACUCCUCUCCAACCAGCCUGGCGGCACUACAGGACCUGUUAGUGAAGAGAGGCGCUUAACAACUGAUCCGCUAUCAGAUCGGACUUCGAAUGCAAAGAAGAACCUCAUGACUGAUCCGGUGUGA